AUGCGAUUCUCCUUGCUCUCUACGUUUGUUGCGCUAUUUUUCAGCAUUCGUGCCUUUGCUGCUCCCACGAACGGUACUCUUCCCCCUGCAUGCGGUAGCCAUGUCGAGUCCAGCAAGCUCCAGACUCUGGCAACCGAAUUCGCUGGUUUCGAGGCGGCCUAUAAAGAAAUCAUAACAAAGAGAGCAGAGGACGGUGAACUCGAGGAGCGUGGUAGUGGUUUCGCCCUGAAGUUCAUUAAUGUAUAUUGGCACGCCAUCACGGCCGGAGGCUCCUCUCCAGGUCCCCACGUUCCCUCCUAUGCCACCAUCUAUGCACAGAUAGCCAGGCUGAACACCGAAUUUAGGCCUGUCGGUUACUAUUUCAGGCUCGUUCGUAUCGAUUACACCGCCAAUCCUACGUGGUACAACUUAGGCGAAGUCACCGGACCGAAUGCAGUUGCCAUGAAGACCCAACUUCGAAAGGGAGGGGUUCGUGACCUCAAUAUCUAUAGCGUAAACAGUGCAGUCGCUGGCAGUACAAACCUUGCUGGAUAUUCUUCCUUCCCGUGGGAAUACAAUGCGAAUCCAAAGCUUGAUGGUAUCGUCAUAAUCCUUGGCGCGCUUACUGGAAGCCACGCAUACAACGACUACUUCAUUUUGGGCCGAACUCUCGUUCACGAAACGGGCCACUGGGUUGGUCUCCUCCACACCUUCACUGGCGGCUGUUCCUUCCCGAACGACUACGUGUCGGACACUCCACAGGAGGCAUCGCCCGCGUACUAUUGCCCCACUGGUCAAGAUACUUGCCCUGGUGGAGGCCCUGACCCCAUCCAUAACUUUAUGGAUUACACACAAGAUACUUGCAGGUGGCAGUUCACUCCUGGGCAAAUAUGGCGUGCGCGGAUCAUCAUGUGGAUCUACCGUGGUGUCUGGCCCUGGUAG